UUCUUCCCUCCCAGCCAAUAAAAAGCUCUCAGAGACAUCUUCCCCUGCAGGAAGCAGAGCAGUCACUGCUCACAUUGGCAGGCUCCUCUUCUGAUGCAGUGGAGAUGGCAGCAAACUUCACCCGCAGCUUCACCACGCUUUGCUGUUUAGUGCUCUGGGGCUUCACCUGCAUUUGUGAUGCUACAUACACACCACCACCUCAUUCAACCGUGAAUCCUGGCUUCCCGGUCCCAAUGAACACCAACAAUCCUGGCGUUCGCAAGGCAGCUCGCUUUGGGGUUUACCAAUACAACAACAGUUCCAACGACCUAUUUCUGUUUAAAGAAUGGCAAAUAAACAAAGCUAUGGUACAGAUCGUCAGAGGUCUGAAAUACAUGCUCCAUGUGGAAAUUGGCCGCACAGUGUGUGAGAAGAGAGGGCACUCUAACCUGGACAACUGUCACUUCCAGAGGAAGAAAAAUCUGCAACAGAGGAUCUCACCCAUGAGUCUGGACUUCGGGGCCAAAACUGAGGUGGGGAACACCUGCACAGAAUCAUCACAAAACCUCUCUCUCAAAGCUUGUUAGUUCCCCCCCACACCUCUAAGGAAGAUGCUCAAGAUCUGAGUGACAAAGAAAAGACUUGCCUUGACUGAAUGUAUUGCUAUCCAGCUGUGUAUCUCUUUUUCUAAAACUAAACAGCAGAUGAGAA